UCUAUAUUCCGGCGUCCCUCGCGGUCCUUUUUCACGGCCACCCCCCGCUCGCCCACGAGCCUCCCCCCAUGUCUAAUUACCUUCCCGUCCUCCUAGUCUCUCUUUCUACAAAUGCUGUCCCUGACGAUUCAUCACUCGCGACCGUGCCCCAGGGCCAGGUGGACUAUCUUUCGCAUGAGUGGGCAGAGGAGGACGUAUGGCGGUCGUGGCGGAACAUGACGCGCCAGAAGAACGAUAUCACUAAUGGCGAGCGGCUGGAGAACGCUAGCUGGCGUACCUGGUGGAAACAGCGUAACAAGCUAAAGACGAUAUCCCCAGAGACCCUGAAUUGGCUGAAAGACUCGGACGUCACUUGGCUCUAUGGGCCGCUGCAUACCGCAGUCGACUGGACCCCUCCCCCCAAACCGAAGCCCCAGCCCACAGAGGUCGGCAAGGUCUCUUCAACCGAGGACAGACUCGACUUGGCAAAGCAUAAGUCUAUUCUCAAACAUAGAACCAUCACGGAGCUACUUCAGAGCGAAUUGCCCGAUUCGCCGUUGUUUCAUGUCGACCACGACGAUGACUUGCAAGCUCUCCAGGAUGAUCACAUGCUCGAACCACCCCAACGACCGCCUUUGCUGCAGACAAAGAGCGUCCCCCACCUCUCUACUCUUCCCCACCUUCGCAAGUCCUCACCGCCGAGGAUAGCACCGCCCGUCGUUGCCCCGCCGCCCGCGAGAGAAGUGACCACUCCACCCCCUUCGAAGCAGCGUCAUAUCACGUUCAACACUUUUGUGGAGCAGUGCAUUGCGGUGGACUCCCCAAGACGGAGUCCUGCGUCCAUCUCGCCGCCACCUGCGGCUCCGGAAGCUAACGGAGUGAAUGCAGCCACAUGGGAUGGCCGGACACGCGGGCUCCGAUGGGCCGGCGAUGACGAAGACAGCGACGAGGAGGACGAGAUGGUGGAGAUGAACGGUUGGAUUGGCGGCGAGAGCGCGCUGUCGAGUGAUUCGGACGAUGAUAUGCUGGAAGUGUGCUUACCUCGGUCCCGGUCCGGAUCGCGAUCAUCAUCACAGGCGUCGUCGUCCAAGUCGAUGCUUGGGCUCUCGGCCACGAGCAAAACGAUCGCUCCGAUUGCUCCGGCACGAUUGAAAACGACCGGGGUGGGCAACAGCUGGGCUGGUGACGAAUGGAUCGGUACGCGCGAUGAUGGUUUUGUGGUCGAAGAGCCGACGCGUCCGCCAGCCUCCACCAAUGUCGUUUCGGCUUUCGACGCCGAUUCUUUUGACGAAGACGAUGACCUAGCGGAUCACGUGUAUACCCAUGAGUCCGCCUAUUUCUCUGCGGAUGGGGCAUACGAUUAUUUCGCUGGGCCUGAUCUGGGGGUUGGUUUGAGUCUCCUAUUCGAGAGCAGCGGGGCAGGAGAGGAAGUUCCGGAGCUGAGAUUAUGGAGAUAGAAGGAGCACGUUCGCGGUCAAAGUCUCGCUCCAAGUCGCGCUCGCGCUCACGCACGCCGUCGCCCGCUGUACUCGGCUCCCAACUGGCGUCUUCGCCUCAACCGGCGUCCCCGCCGAAUGCAGCAGCCAUGCGCGCCUCCGGGCUUCUUUCGCCUCCGCACCGGGGGCGAGACUCGUCUGUCUCGUCUUCGUCCUCGCAACAGAGUCGCGGGCGAAGUGCUGCUCGCACAUCCUCGAGCAGUCUGAGCGACAGAGAACGCAGUCGGUCCAGCCACACGAGUCCGCUGGGAAGUCUCAGCCCGGAGUAUAGUGGCGUGCGUGUCAGCGCAGAUCCCAAGGCCAUCCGCGGAGCAGUGACUCCCGGUAGCCCCGAUAGCCGGGUCUCGCGUGGGCCGCCCUCUACUGAGAGCUCCAACUCUGGCUCGAGCAGCGUAACAGCGACACGCCCCGAGGAGCCCGCUCCGAAUCUCGAUCCGCAGACGCCCAUGAACUCACCUGUAGUUUCUCGACUACACGGUGCCCAAAACGGGCGCAUGCCGGUGACCGUCCGGCCCGUCGUCACGGAGAUUUUCGAGGACGACGGAGAAAUCAGACAUACGAAUCCCACUCCUGCUAAUUCACCUGUUGUCAGCACUCGGCCCGCUCCCAGAAUACCGAGUGGAGGGGUGGCUGUGAAUGGGCGCAAAUCGUCGCCGGCCUGGAAAGUGCCCACUUCUCCGACCCAUCUCUCCUUCCAAACCGCAUCCAGCGCAGCCACUGCCGAACGGUCUGCUCCACCUUCGAGUCCGACCAGCAGCAGUGCAGAUGCCCUCCAGCGCAGUCUCGCUCCUGGGCAGCAAGUAAAUGGAGACGGAAACAUAGUAGGGAAAGCCGUCGGGAUGGUCUCUUCUGCUGGAGCGUAUUUCGGACUCUGGGGCGGCAGUCCAUAGGCACUUUUCGGCGGAUAUCUUGGAAUCAAUGUGCAUCAUUUACUCAACUUUUUCACUCACGACUGUAAUGGUUUUCCGACAUAUAUGCCGGGUAUUAUACAGCAAGUAGUACUAGUUUAUAGUGUAUUGUAGUGUUACACUGUACGGGGAGUGUUAUUCUGCGAACAUGUGGCAACUUUUUUAUUGAUCGCAAUUCCACACUGUUUUGUGGCGAUACACCGUAUGUACCUUGCAUGAUGCCAGUCGCAUCAAGAGUCGUAUGCUCCCGCCGGUCGUACGAUAAUCGUCUUGCACCUUGCACCUGGCACCUGGGACUCCCCCUCAGCUAAAUAGCCCCGUGAUAUGCUUAGACUCCGAUUCGUCCUGAGCCGAUCUGCAUCCCUGCGAGCGAUGUCGACCCUUCCAGCCUCAUCUGUUCCACUUCUUGUCUCCGCUGCCGCGUUAAGGACAUGGCGUGAAACAGCCAGGAAGCAGGGUAAAACCGUGGGCUUCGUGCCGACGAUGGGCGCGCUGCACGAUGGGCACAUGUCGUUGGUCCGCAGAUCAUUAGCCGAAAACGACCUCACUGUGCUAUCGAUCUUUGUGAACCCAGCCCAAUUCGCACCGCACGAGGACCUCGCGACGUAUCCACGCACGCUGCCUCAUGAUCUCGAGGCUCUUUCCAAGCAGAGUCUGCAGAUCGAAGGGUCUGAGAUCCGCAGACCCUCCGCAGUGUUUCUGCCCUCUGUGGCGGAGAUGUAUCCGUCCGGAAUAAACCAGGACGUCGCACAGCAAAUGGGCACGUUCGUCGAGGUGAAAGGGUAUGGGGACGAGAUGGAGGGUAAAAGCCGGCCUGCGUUCUUCCGCGGUGUCGCGACAGUGGUCACGAAACUGUUCAAUGUCGUCGAGCCAACCAAUGCGUACUUCGGCCAAAAGGACAUCCAGCAAUGUCUCGUUCUCAAACGGAUGUGUGGUGAUCUUCUGCUAUCACAUCCAGAUCCAGCGCAUCUGAAGAUCGUCCCGACUGCGCGUGAUCCCGCGGACAACCUUGCACUAUCGUCGAGAAACGCUUAUUUGACGCCGGAACAGAGACAGAUCGCACCGGUGCUGUACCGUGCCUUGACCGCCGCUCAAGCCGCUUGGGAGGAGGGCCUGUGCAAGUCUGAUUGCCUGGAACGGGCAUUUGCGAUCGUGCAGCAGGUCGCUCAGUCGAAUGGUGACGUGCGGAUGGAUUACAUUCAGAUGAACGAUUCGAGUACGUUGCGGGUGCUUGAUGAUGCAGCGACGACUGCGCCCGAGAUGAAUCCGGUGGUCUUGAGUGGGGCAAUCUGGGUCGGUAAGACUAGACUGAUAGAUAACAUUGUACUAGGAGACAUUGACGCGAUCCGAUACUAAACGGACUCAGGCUGCGUGCUGGUGAAGCCGUGCGGUGUACUUGACCAGUUGCUCGACCGCGGAUUAGAUCUAGAAUGAAUUGAUGUGCCGCAUCACAGAUGACGGCAGGCGAAGUCGCGUCCCUUUCUCUCAACCCUCACCAGACCCGCUUCUUCGGUGUUCAUGAACCAUUCGAGUUCGGAUACGACCAUCCACUCGAAGGAAGAAGUAUCUGCACCUGCUCCAGUCGUCGCACCCUCUCCUGAUCCCAAUCCAUGGGAAACUGGCGUGCACAAACCAGCUACCGGGACUCGCGAAGAGACGACGCCUGUGGAAAGACCACCUUUGACGACACCAGACUACACGCAGCUCGACGAGUCGUUCCAAGGGUUUGAGGCGGAGUCUCCCGUUGGCGAUACCAACCCUGCCGUCUCCGAACAGGUUCUGUCCGAAUUCGAUCCCCUCGCGGACCAGCAUGAAGUGGCUGCUAGAGAAGCAUGGGAGAAUUCCGAGUCACAUCCACCCCCGCCUCGCACCCCGUCGCCACCGCCGCCUCCUCCAAGAGAACCCACACAACCUGAAACACCCACCACUGGUGCUUCGCAGUCGCCUUCAACCUCUGUCUUCUCUCCUUUCAGUGCCCUCGCGCGAUCUCUGAAUCCGCUGAAUCCCAUCCGCUCGCGAUCAAGACCAGGCUCGAUGGAUAUCGCUCGGCCCGUCCCCUCCCCGUCCACGCUCUCCGCGUUUGUCGAGCAGCAAACGCAGCCACCCAAGCCUGCGCCAGCAAUCGAAACCACUACGAUCGUCACGACAUCGACUUCCACAUCAAGGAGCAGCACGCCCGCUGCGAGCUCGUCGUCGACGGAUCCGCCUCCGUUUGACUUCCAGAAGUUCCUGGACCAGAUGAAGUCAAGGCACGCAGAGAUCGUUGCAAAGUACCUCAAGUCAUUUCUUGGCAACUUCGCAAAGAGGACCUUCACUGUCAACGACCAGAUCAAGAUCAUCAACGAUUUCCUCAACGUCCGUCUCUAUCUCAUACAACUUGAUUCGUACUUUGUGAGACUGAAGCAUAUGCAGUUUAUUGCCAAACCCAUGCGAGAAUCCGAAUUAUGGAAGAACGCAUCCGAAGCUGAAUUCGAGAAUGCGAUGGAGGGCAUGGAGAAGCUCGUGAUGAAUCAGUUGUACCAGUUCACCUUCACGCCCGAGGUUGCGAAAGUGGUGCCACGAAGACAGAUCACGGCGGAUGAUCUAGAACGCGAUCGGGUCUUGACCCAGCGGAUAGCGCUGUUUGGCUGGAUCAAGGAGGAACACCUCGAUAUCCCCACGGGGGAGGGCAGCCAGGGUUUUAUGAUGUUUGCUGAGCAAGAGCUCAUGAAAGUGAACCACUACAAGGCACCGCGGGAUAAGCUUAUUUGCAUACUAAACUGCUGCAAGGUCAUCUUUGGUUUGCCUUUCUGCUAUCCGAUUCCGCUUAUGAGCUUGAUUCGAUGUGCAGGCCUGAUCCGACAUCUGAAGAAGGACGAGGGCGCUGACUCCUUUGUUCCCAUACUGAUAUUCGUCGUUCUGAAGGCCAACCCAGAGCAUCUGCUGUCCAACGUCGAAUUCAUAAACCGAUUCAGGAAUCCAACAAAGCUACAAAGUGAGGCGGGUUAUUAUCUGUCCAGUCUUAUGGGUGCCGUCUCAUUCAUCGAGACCAUGGAUCACACAUCCUUGUCCAAUAUCACGCAGGAAGAGUUUGAGGCAAAUGUCGAGGACGCGAUCGCAGCUCUACCAGAGCCAGAUUCACCAGCCAUCCGUCACGCCGUCCCUGAAACGGUGUAUCGCCCGAGUCCGGCUUCCUCUGUUUCGCAUGAAGGAGACGAGUCUGCCGAGCCGCUUUCUAUCGCUACACCGGCGCAGAUCAUCUCUGAAGAUGCCCGGCGUUUGCUUCAGAAGACGGGAGACACCAUUUCCAAGCCGUUGAACGCCUUGAGCCGGAUCUUCAACGAAGCACUUGACAAUGCUGAAGGCAAACUGCAGUACCUUCCCGGCCCCUUCGCACCAUUUGAAUUGGGCCGAGAACAGCGACAGCAGCAGCAUCAGCCAAACUACUACUAUGACGGCCACGUGCCGCAAACACCGGCCGGCGAUGGAUUCGCACCCCCGAUUCAAACUCCGUACAAGCCUCGGGUGCGGCGGAUACCUUCCAGUGCGUCCGGAUCGAUGCGAGGCACUCCGCCGGGGACGCCGGGCCCAGACGAUACUCCCUCGCGGGCACAGAACGCUCUUGUCCCGCCGCGGCUGCAGUCUCUGCACUCGCCCGGAGUGUCGAGGACGCCCACACCGAAUCUGGACCUUGUGGGGAUGCAGGCCCAAAUUGACUCCGCGCACAAUCAGGCGGCGCAGGCGGCCAAGGACACUUUGGUGCAGAUUUUCCCGGGGGUAGAUCAGGAGGUCAUCCAGUGGGUUCUCGAGGCCAACCAGGGCGAUCUCGGAAAGAGUAUUGAGGCUCUUCUGGAGAUGAGCAGCGGCGAUUAGGUUUCUGUUUAGUUUACUCUAUUCUAUGCCCUGACAUAUCUCCUCCGGAACUUGUCGUCGACGCUGUGCAAAUAGUAGGCACCGGGCGAGAU